CUAUAGCCCUUUGCUCUGCCCACUGCUCAGCAAGUUACUUUGGGUUCCAGUUUGAUAAAAAAAAAAAAAAGACUUCCUGUAGUGGAAACUGAAGGGAAGAGGAAGGAUCUGAUCCAUUCGUGCCUAGGAGCUUGUGGGAGAAGGAAGAUGGCCAAAGCUUUGUGUCUACUACAUGCCCUCUGGCUUCUGGAGUGGGUGCUGCUGCUCUUGGGACCUGGUGCUGCCCCUCCUGCUUGUGCCUUGAACCUGGACCCAGUGCGGGUCACCUUCUAUACAGGCCCCAAUGCCAGCCACUUUGGAUUUUCAUUGGACUUCCACAAGGACAGCCAUGGGAGUGUGUCUAUCGUGGUGGGCGCCCCGCGGGCCCUGGGCCCCAGCCAAGAGGAGACGGGUGGCGUGUUCCUGUGCCCCUGGAGGGCCGAGGGCGGCCAGUGCACCUCACUGCUCUUCGACGUCAGUGAUGAGACCCGAAAUGUAGGCUCCCAAAUUUUGCAAACAUUCAAGGCCCGGCAAGGACUGGGGGCAUCGGUCGUCAGCUGGAGCGACAUCAUUGUGGCUUGCGCCCCCUGGCAGCACUGGAACGCCCUAGAAAAGACCGAGGAGGCUGAGAAGACGCCUGUCGGUGGCUGCUUCUUGGCUCAGCUCCAAAACGGCGGCCGCGCGGAGUACUCCCCCUGCAGAGCGAACACCAUGAGCGGUGUUUAUGCAAAAACUCAUUUUGACCGGGACAAGCGCUACUGUGAAGCUGGCUUCAGCUCAGUGGUCACCCAGGCUGGAGAACUGGUGCUUGGGGCUCCUGGCGGCUAUUUUUUCGUAGGUCUCCUGGCCCGGGCUCCAAUUGCCAAUAUCAUCUCGAGUUACCGCCCGGGCACCCUUUUGUGGAAUGUGCCCACCCAGAGCUUCACCUUGGACUCCAGCAGCCCAGAGUACUUCGACGGUUACCGGGGGUACUCAGUGGCCGUGGGCGAAUUCGACGGGGAUCUCAGAACUACAGAGUAUGUCUUCGGUGCCCCUACUUGGAGCUGGACCCUGGGAGCGGUGGAAAUUUUGGACUCGUACUUCCAAACGCUGCACCGGCUGCACGGAGAGCAGACGGCUUCGUAUUUCGGGCACUCAGUAGCCGUCACUGACGUCAACGGGGAUGGGAGGCAUGACCUGCUAGUGGGUGCUCCGCUGUACAUGGAGAGCCGGGCAGACCGCAAGCUGGCCGAGGUGGGGCGUGUGUACUUGUUCCUGCAGCCCAGAAGCCCUCACGCCCUGGGCUCCCCCAGCCUCCUGCUGACUGGCACACAGCUCUACGGGCGAUUUGGCUCUGCCAUUGCGCCUCUGGGCGACCUCAACCGGGAUGGCUACAAUGAUGUUGCAGUGGCUGCCCCCUACGGGGGUCCCAGCGGUCGGGGCCAAGUGCUGGUGUUCCUGGGUCAGAGUGAGGGGCUGAGCUCACACCCCUCCCAGGUCCUGGACAGCCCCUUCCCCCCAGGCUCUGGCUUUGGCUUCUCCCUUCGAGGUGCUGUAGACAUCGAUGACAAUGGAUAUCCAGACCUGCUGGUGGGAGCUUAUGGGGCCAACAAGGUGGCUGUGUACAGAGCUCAGCCAGUGGUGAUAGCCACUGUCCAGUUGUUGGUGCAAGAUUCCCUGAAUCCUACUGUGAAGAACUGUGUCCUGCCCCAGACCAAGACACCAGUGAGCUGCUUCAACAUCCAGAUGUGUGUGGGAGCCACUGGGCACAACAUUCCUCAGAAGCUGCACCUAAAUGCCGAGCUGCAGCUGGACAGGCAGAAGCCCCGCCAGGGCCGGCGGGUGCUCCUCCUGGGCUCUCAACAGGCAAGCACCACCUUGAACCUGGACCUGGGAGGAAGGCACAGCCCCAUCUGCCAAACCACCACGGCCUUCCUUCGAGACGAGGCAGACUUCCGGGACAAGCUAAGUCCCAUCGUGCUCAGCCUCAAUGUGUCCCUGCCCCCCAAGGAGGCUGGAAUAGCCCCUGCUGUCGUGCUGCAUGGAGACACCCAUGUCCAGGAGCAGACCCGCAUUGUCCUGGACUGUGGGGAAGACAAUGUGUGUGUGCCCCAGCUUCAGCUCAAUGCCAACGUGACGGGUUCCCCGCUCCUAGUUGGGGCAGAUAAUGUGCUAGAGCUGCAGAUGGACGCAGCCAACAAGGGCGAGGGGGCCUACGAGGCAGAGCUGGCCACGCGCCUGCCCCCGGGGGCCCACUACAUGCACGCUCUCAGCAACGUGGAGGGCUUUGAGAGGCUCACCUGUAACCAGAAGAAGGAGAACGAGACCAAGGUGGUGCUGUGUGAGCUAGGCAACCCCAUGAAGAAGAACGCCCAGAUAGGAAUCACGAUGUUGGUGAGCGUGGGGAACCUGGAAGAGACUGGAGAAUAUGUGUCCUUCCAGCUGCAGAUCAGGAGCAAAAACAGCCAGAAUCCAAACAGCGAGACUGUGCAGCUGAAUGUGCCGGUCCGGGCAGAGGCCCAAGUGGAGCUGCGAGGGAACUCCUUUCCAGCCUCCCUGGUGGUGGCCACAGAAGAAGGUGACAGGGAGCAGAACAGCUUGGACAGCCUGGGGCCCAAAGUGGAGCACACCUAUGAGCUCCACAACAACGGCCCUGGGACUGUGAGUGGCCUCCGCCUCAGCAUCCACCUCCCCAGCCAGUCUCAGCCCUCUGACCUGCUCUACAUCCUGGACAUACAGCCGCAGGGGGGCCUUGAGUGCUCCCCACAGCCCUCCCCCAACCCUCUCAAGCUGGACUGGAGGCUGCCCACCCCCAGCCCUUCCCCCAGUCACCCCGGGCAUCACCGGCGGGAUCGUAGACAGGCCUUCCCGCCAGGGCCGAAGCAGCCCUCCAAGCUUCCGGACCUGGUUCUCGUGAGCUGCGACUCGGCGCCCUGUACGGUGGUGCAGUGUGAGCUGCAGGAGAUGGCGCGCGGGCAGCGGGCCAUGGUCACCGUGCUGGCCUUCCUGUGGCUGCCCAGUCUCCGCCAGAGGCCCCUGGAUCAGUUUGAGCUACAGUCCCACGCUUGGUUCAACAUCUCCUCCCUUCCCUACACGGUGCCCGCGCUCAGCCUGCCCAGCGGGGAAGCUGUGGUGCGGACAAAGCUGCUUCGGGUCCCUGAGGAAAGGCCUAUUCCAAUCUGGUGGGUGCUGGUGGGCGCGCUGGGCGGCCUGCUGCUGCUCACGCUCCUGGUCCUGGCCAUGUGGAAGCUUGGCUUCUUCAAGCGGAAUCAGCCACCCCUGGAAGAAGAAGAUGAAGAGGAGGAGUGACGGUGCAGCCCGCUCUGUUCUAGCAGGAAGGCUGGGUGUGGUGCCUGCUGUGCGCCUUCUCCAACUAGCUGCCUUGGAGCUCUCAUACCCAUGGGCUGGAGCUGUUCCAGGGGGGCCUGCUGGUGUUCUUCCCCUCCCCACACAGCUG